AUGAGAACAACCUUACCCAAGCGGUUCCUCACGCUCCGCGAUAGGGACAGAAGCGGAGGCGCGCAUCGAAGAAGCAAAUCGUCGGACCCUCAUCACAAGCGCCCUUUCGCCGCCGAUGCCUUCUUUGCCAUAUUCCGAGACCGUGGCCUGGGGAAUGAGGAAAAAGAGUCAAAUCAAAAAAUCGACGAACUUGUACGAUGGGUCGAAGAAGAGGGGUUGUCGGGUGUGACACGCGACCAGAUACGCUACGUGCUAUCCUCGACGUACUCCCGGGGCGACAUCGCCAAAGCCAAAGAGCUUUUGAAGCUGCAGUCCGAGGCAUUCGAAGGCGUCUUGCUACCAUACAACGCCAACACGCACAUGCUGGGCGCUGAGAACCGCGGCGCGGUCACUUGCUACCUCGACUCGUUGCUGUUCGCAAUGUUUGCGAAAAUGGGGGCUUUCGAGUGUAUGCUGAUGCGCCGUGAAUACCCCGACGAGGCACAUCGUAAUCUGGCUGCCCUGCUGCGGCUGUGGGUAAAUAUGCUGCGGUCCGGGAAGCUUAUUGGAGUCGAAAUGACCGAGCAUAUCCAGAAUGCCCUUGCUGCAUGUGGCUGGAGUGACGCGAGCCUUUUAGAGCAACAAGACACCUCAGAGGCAUUUGCUUUCAUCACAGAAACGCUGCAACUGCCUCUACUUACACUGCAGGUCGACCUCUUCCACCAGGGUAAAGGAGAUGCCGAUGACCACAAAGUUGUCUUUGAGCGGCUACUCAAUCUGGCGGUGCCGGCUGACCCGGAGGGCAAAGGAGUCAAGCUUGAGGAUUGUCUGGAGGAGUAUUUCAACACGCGAGUGGAUGUCCUGCGCGACAGUCCAGACGACAAGAAAUCAGCAGACAGACAGGCAGACAGCCCCAUCACCAGCGUGCUAGGGCCCAAGAACACGAUCAGGGUCGUGACGGAUAUCGGUCAAGAAGAACACGACGAAGCCCACGACAAGGUCGAAAACCUGACACCUCUGCAGCGGCGGUGGACCAACAUCGAUUCCCCAGCGUCUUCCUCUUCAACCCCGACCCGGGAUCGACCAGAGACGCGGCCAUCGCCCCGAGCCCGGUCCACAAGCAUUAUCCAGAGAGUAGUUUUGGAUGCCGAAGGGAAGCCCACGGGCGCUGACGCCUCGACCAUCCUACAAAAGGUCAAGAGGCAGGGCUCUACAGUGGUCAGAGCCGUGACAAUACCUGCGUGGCAGUUCUUCAGGCUUAUUCCAUGGCAUAGUACUGGAAAGGACGAGCCCCUAAACGACACGGACGUUGCCAGGCACCUCAACACCCGGCCAGUCGUUGGAAUCUGCCUAAAGAGGUACAUGAUGACGGAGCUUGGCCAGCCCAGGAGACAGAACACCUUCAUCGACAUACCCGAUAGCAUGAGGCUACCACACUUCAUGCUUGUGAAUGACGCGAAGGUCGAGGAGUCUAAUGGACUCAGUGCCGAGUACAAGCUUGUUCUCCAGUCUGUGGUGUGCCACCGUGGCGAAUCCCUGCACAGUGGACACUACGUUGCAUUCUCGCGUGUUGCACCGAAGCUGCUGACGGACAACCGGCGGCAUGACAAAGACCCACCCCCAGACUACGAAGACGCCCAAUGGGUCAUGUUUGACGAUCUUCAGGUCGAGGAUCGGGUGACGUAUGUGGAUGACAUCAAGGAAUCGCUCAAGGAUGAGAUGCCAUACCUGCUCUUUUAUCAAAUAGUCCCCAUGAUGGACGUGACGGCAGCCUCGGUCGAUGGGACGACGUCAACGGAACCGCCAUCAUAUAAUGACUCGACUAUCAACAUAACAGCGACCACGUCGGGGACCGCUUCGUACUCGCCAACCACAAAUACAGACAGCGAACGGCCAGAUAUGUCAAGGCAAACCAGUGGGUACUUCGACGGAGCGCCGUUGGGGAGCUCAACAGGGCCGAGCGUUCGCUUCUCGUCGGAGCUUGACAGGCCAGUACGGCUAAGCCUCGACAACGAGUUGGAGACAGGUGUUCUGGACACCAAUAUGUGUGCCACCUCGUCGCGGCGUAGCAGUGUUCCAUUUUCCGAGGUCACGAGCAUCUUGAACGCUCGCCCACCAGCAGAAGCCCAGACUCCUGCAGGCCCCGCGGCGGCUAACGAGGAGCCCACGACGGCGCAUCGGCUGUCGAGAGCCGCAGCCCGGUUCACCAAGAAAGAUAGAGGCGACAAGGAAGCAUCUAAGGAGAAGGAGCGGUGCAGCCGGCCAGCGAGUCAGGCAGGCGAGGGCCGGAUGAGCCUAACCAUGUCGCGACUAGGCGGACUGAUGCGCACGAGCAAAGAGCCGCUGCGAGAGUCGGUAUCGUUGGAUCAGGCAUCCGCCAGUACGGUGCAAGACGCUUACGAUGGCGAGGCCGGCUCGGCGCAGCACGUCGAGCAGCAGCCCCUCAUUGCACCGUCCUCGUCGCCACCGUUGUCAGCUGUGCCAGGUGACGCUUCGGGCAAGAAAGAAAGCAAGGAAAAGAACAAGAACAAAUCAGACAUUGGAAGACCUGAUAAGGAGGGCAGGGAGAGAAAACAUCACCUUGGCCAUCACCGGAAGUCAAACGGAAGUGAGCCCGAGCGCGAGUGCGUCGUCAUGUGA